ACUAUGGUAGGCAAAAAGCCAAAUUUGGCUCUACCUCAUUGUCGACUUGUAUGUUAUUGUCGACUGCAUGAGAUUCCUGAUAUAACCAAGAAAGAGAGGGUUGGAGUUCACCAGCGAGAAGUCUUCCUUUUCAAUGACCUUCUGGUUGUAACCAAGAUUUUCUCAAAGAAGAAAAGUUCUGUAACUUACACAUUUAGGCAGAGUUUUCCUCUAGCUGGUCUUGCAGUUUCCACUAGGGAAGUGCCACAUUACCCUUAUUUAAUGGAAAUUCGACACCGUGUGGAUAAUAAGGUAUUAAUAAUUUUUAAUGCCCGCAAUGAACACGAUCGCACCAAAUUUUGUGAGGACUUAAAGGAAAGUGUGUGUGAAAUGGACGAGAUGGAAUCUCUGAGAAUUGAAGGAGAACUGGAGAGACAGAAGGCUUCACUACGAACAUCUAGACCAAGUUCUACAGCUCGUUCUAGAACAGAGACUCUGGAGUAGCUGAUAUGGUAUUGCUACAACUAGUGAGAAGAAUGGAACUCUUAAACCUGACUCUACUUUAGAGAUCAGCUCUUAGCAAUUCCCUACUGGAUAUCCAUGA